AUGGCCUGGACCAAGAUGGGCCGCAGGGUGUCCAGCAGGUUCGGGUGUGGGCUCCAGAGCACAGCCGUCUCAGGCCUGGUAGGAAUCCGGAGAGAGAGGAGCUGCUGGUCGCCGGAUGACCAACCGGCAUCGCUCCCAGGUUUGAUCCGAGUGUCGAGCUGUCUGAUGACUGAAGAUCAGUUCCUGUGCUCCAUCUGUCUGGAUGUGUUGACUCAUCCAGUCACCAUACCAUGUGGACACAACGUCUGUAAAGCCUGCAUCACUGCCUUCUCCAACAGACCUGAGCUGCAGGUCAACACGUUCAUCUCUGAGAUGGCUGCUCAGUUCAGACUGUCAGCCAACAGCUCAGAGCAACAAGCUGCCCAAUCAGAAGAGGUUCCCUGUGACGUCUGCACUGGAACAAAAGUGAAGGCCCUCAAGUCCUGCCUGGUGUGUCUGGUCUCCUGUGAGGCUCACCUGGAGCCUCAUCUGACUACGUCAGUUCUGAAGAAACAUCAGCGAAUGGACCUUGUGGAGAACCUGGAUGGCAGGAUGUGUAUGAAGCACGAUAAACUGCUGGAGCUGUUCUGUAAGACCGACCAGAUCUGUGUCUGCAAGCUUUGCACUGUUUUAGACCACAAGAACCACAAUGUUGUUCCUCUGAGAGAAGAAUAUGAAGGAAAGAAGACUGAGCUGGGGAAGAUUGAAGAUGAAGUCCAGCAGAUAAUCCAGAAGAGACAACUGAAGAUUCAGGAGAUCAAACACUCAGUGGAGCUCAGUGAGGAACAAGCAGACAGAGAGGUAGCAGAAGGUGUCCUGGUCUUCAGCGCUCUGAAGGAGUCUGUUGAGAGAAGUCAUGGACACCAUCAAAGAGAAGCAGAAAAAGACACAGAAAGAGGCUGAAGGCUUCAUCA